CUUUUGGUUAUGCAAGAGCAAGGUAGGGUUGCAACAACUUAAGAUCGUAUCAUGUUUAGUCCUAUCUACAAGGUCAAGAAGAAAUUAAAUAGGGGCAAAACGAGCCAAUUUUAUAAAUUGACGCUACAAAAACGGGUAAAAAUGUGAUUUUUACAAGAUGCGGGUCUCACCCCAUUUCAGCCUUGAAGCAUGUAUGUCUAGUCUGCAUGCAUCAUUAUCAGAAAAGACUAAUGAAGUAAUUGACUUCUCCCGAUACCCUUAGUGAUGACUGAUGUGGCUUGGACUUGGCAUAUGAACAACUUGCAGAUAUUAUAAUAAGGUAGUCAACUUAGCAAAAGAUCGAUCGAGCACAAGAGACAACACUUGCAUUCACUUGACUUCCCAUCCCUAGCUUAGCUAUGCCUAUAUCAUAUGCUUCUAGUCCGCAACUUGCUUCUCCUUAAUAAUUUGCAUGCAUGACCGAUCGAUGUCGUGCUAUCCCCACUUCUGGUCUGCCAACUUAUCUCCAACAAUUUAGGAUAUAUGUAAAUUUUUCCUCGUUGGUAAUAAUAACGGCUGUGGGGAUAAAUAUUAUCCAUGUUCAACGUGGGAUAUUAUCCAUGUAUUGAGGAUAAUGUACAUAUUUACCCAUUGCUAUAAUAUCUCUUGAAUUCUCUUUCAUUUGAGAUUCGUGUCCAUCUUUGGAUCUCGAUCUUUCAAUGAUUCAAAUUAUUGUGAUAAAUUUGUUUAUAGGUAGUAAUUGAGAAAUAAUAACGACAUAUGCAAAAAUUCAUUAAUAGCUCGCUAGGUAGUUACCUAUAUGAAUAAAGACAUGAUCUAAUGGUAUUAUCACUGAUUUUGAACCUGUAAGUAUUAAAUUCGAAUCUAUUAAAUAGUACAUAACAAUAAAAACACAUGUAUCAUCUUUAUUAAAAAAAACUAGGUAGAUAUAUAUCUGCAUAUGUGUUUUAUGAUCAAAUGAUAUUGGUCGACACCACAACGUGUUCUGUUGGAUGUCACAAUUACCAUGGCCCGUGGGAGUUGGAUUUUGAUUAGUUCAGGCCCAAGUUAGUUGUGGGCUUUUAUAUUUAUUUGGGGCAAUCGCUAAACUCAUUAAACGUGGGCUGAACUGUGGCAUUCAUAAAAAACGAAAGGAGAAAGAAACUCGAAACGUUUCCAUCUGCAAUUCCAAUGCUUUCCGUCUCGCAUAGAAUCCCGCCAUGGAUGAUAUCCUUCUGUUCGGCGCCAUGAUUGCCAUAAUUAUCCUCGUCUUCAUCUCCGUUUGCUUCAUCACCAUCGAAGGCACUCGCCGCCGUCGCAGCAGCAGCUAAACCUAACUCCGACACACUUAUUCACUCACUAGUCACUCCAUUCAGUCAGCGCCGUUUCUUGGUACUUUCCCCCAAUUUCGUUAUUCAGAUCCCUCCAUCUGCCUUUUCUUUUUCUGGUAUUGAAUUGAAUUCACCUGAAACAUAUCAGGGGUUUUUAUCUGCUACUUAUAUAAGGAGUAGUGAAUACCAAAAAAAAAAAAACCCAUCAGCCGCCCUGUGGUUUCUCUUCCCCGACUGUGCGCAGUUCGAGUGAGCAAAAACAAUGGGGCGGAGAUCGCCGCAUCUUGCAUUAAUCGUGGUGGCUAUGGUCGCUGCUGGGUUUUGCGCAGAUCUGUGUUUCGGUGGUGGACUCUGUACCUCACCGGUGCUUGAUCAUUCCGACGACCAUUACCACCAUAAUCAUCACCAUCACCACGACGACGGCGACCAAUGUGGCGGCCACCACCACCAUCAUCAUGACCAUGGCCAUGGUGAGUCAAUGGAGUAUAAGUUACCGGAGGAGCUGGCGGAGGAGGAGGAUAUGAAACUCUAUGGCCUUGGGAAUUACCAUGCUCACGAUGAACAUGAUCACCAUCACGAUUCGCAUUCCAAGCUUUCUGGCAUAGGUCUAUGGAUCAAUGCCUUGGGCUGUUCACUUUUGGUGAGCUUGGCUUCCCUUAUUUGCUUGAUCAUCUUGCCAAUCAUAUUUGUACAGGGAAAGCCAUCCAAGGGAGUUGUUGAUUCAUUGGCUUUAUUUGGGGCCGGAGCAAUGCUUGGUGAUGCUUUUCUUCACCAAUUGCCACAUGCCUUUGGUAUGUUCCCUUGCGAUUGUUUACAUUAUGAUGCUUCCAUGUAGCUAGUUUGCUUUUGCAAUGCCAUGAUAUUAUCUUCAACUUGAAUUCCUUUUGAGAAUUUGGUACAACUUUCCCAGACAUAAUGAUACAAACUGGAUAUAUCCAUCUCAUAGUUAUCAAAUGCUCACUUGGUUAUGUCUUGGUAUUAUUUGACUGAGCUUCUGAUUGAGGUUACUUGUUUUGUAAUUCUAUGUAUCCUUCUUUCAUACCAAUGUCAAGUGUCGUCAAAUAUGCUGACUUUAUGGCUUCUGUUUAAAGUUCAAACUUUAAACUUAAUGCAAUGAUGCCAGUACUUAACUAUCGGUGCAGCUAGAUUAGAUAUUUCAUGUAUUUGUACAGUUUCUAUUUGUACAAUUCCUUUUUAUUGAUAGCGGUCAUUGAAGCAAUUUUCUUUAUUGCAUGUUGGGCUUACAUCUUACUUUUGAUAUGAUGGCAACAAAUAAGUAAUUACCCUUCCAUUCAUGUUGGCUGUUGCUGAAUCUCCUUAAGACCUGGUGGUUUAUAAUCCACCUUUUAAGAAUUAUGCAACUAUGGGAAAAAACAUCAUAAUAUCAU